AUGGUCGGAAUCGAAAUACCCAUUGGAACCAUGACCCUUCGUGAUGAGCAGCCCGUCCAAGCCAUGUACGAUUUUAUCGAUAAAGUCACCGCUUCCGCCAUCACCUACCGGUCCAUCCCGAACUUAAACUCUGACGCUUUCCUGGACGCCUUUCUGAAUCAAAUCCCAAGACAAGAAACCGAGCAAUGCGUUCUACUUUGGAUCGCAAAAACCAUCAUCGUCGCCCAUAUGACCUUCCAUGAAACCAGAGACCGACUGAUCGCAUACCUCACGGAUGCUUUCCAAACCAAGUAUGGUCGACGUCAGAUCCCAUUUCGACCAAUAGCAUUGCCAAGAAACGAACUCCAAGACAAACUCCAAGCGAUCGAAAUCCGCGUUAAAGCGGUCGCUUCUACUAUCAUCCUCGCCAAACGCGUGGUCAAACCCGGCUUGCCAAAAAUGGAGCCAACUCCGGCUAGAAAAGGGACCAGACAACGAAUGCGAAAAAUCCAACAGAGCGAUUGGAAAUCCCUCGAAACAUCCCUCUUGCAGAAACGCGCCUUUAGAGACAUUUGUUCUAUCUGCCUCAACCGACAUGGGAAGCAUCCGAUUGCUAUGACCACCUGUGCGCAUGUUUUUCACCAAAGUUGCUUGAAAGCGACGAGGCAAUCGAAAACUUUUCACAAAUGUCCGCUUUGUCGUGAAGAAUAUAAAGAAAAAGUCACGAAACGCGGUCUCCGAGCGAGCCAGAACUACGCGGCAGCUCAAAUCCAAGCUUGUGUUCGAUCGUUUAUGACGAGGCGACGUCUGGUCAAGAAUUUUUCCUCCCGUCCGAACGUCAAAGCUCUCAAGUCCGAGUACGAGUCGUUUAUUCUACGGAAUUGGUCGAAAGAGGCCAUUUCUUCUACUUCGACGAUGAUUUCCGAAACGGACAAGCUACUUGAAGCGUCUGAAGAUGCACUCGCCGCCUCGAGGAGGAUCUUUUCGCAGAUCAAGCUAGCGCCAGAAAAGGAGAGCGAAGAAUUCCAAGCGGCGGCAGAACGCUGUGUUCAAGAUCGCUCCUGCUCAAAAAGAAUGGAAGCUCGGCGCUUGAAUCCUCGAAAUCGUUUGGAAGGGGAUCUUGUCAGCAAAGGCAUCGGCGGAAUCGCAAAGCAGAGAACUGCUUUGGGAAAUGUACAUGGGAACAGCAGACAGAUCAAAGACGAUGCUUCCAAGCCCCAUGUUAGAACCACCAGAGCACAGAUGCUCCGGUCGAAGAUGGUGGUCGACAAUCAACGAACGAAGCCAUCCCUCAAGUCGCAAAACCAGCCCAUCAAAAGAAAGGCUGAGGUGAAAAAGGCGAAAAUUGAGGUUCAAGAGAAGAUCGAAGAAACAAAGCCACAAGUCCAGGAUAUGUCUUUCGACUCACCGAUGGACGUGUCCAUGCAAAGUCUCACGUCGGAUGACAGCGUUGACGACAAAUUGCAAGCAGCAAUUAAAAAGGUAAAAGAACACGACCUUCUCGACGAUGCUAAUGGUGGUCCGUAUGUCGAUACGAUCUACAGCUACACGAAAUUCCUCGAACAUGCGUACCCUGUCAAGCCCCGCUUCCUCACUGGACAGAAAGAAAUCAGCCACAAAAUGCGAACGAUCCUUGUCGACUGGAUCGUCCAAGUCCACCAGCGAUUCAAGCUUCAAAAUGAGACCCUUCACUUAACUGUUGCCAUUAUGGAUCGUUACUUGUCAAAGGUUCACGAUUUGCCCAGAAAAGAAAUGCAGUUGAUCGGUCUCACUGCCAUGCUUUUAGCGUCAAAAUACGAAGAAAUCUACAUGCCCGAUCUUGGAGACUUUGAAUUUAUCUGCGAUAAUGCGUACACCAAAGACGAUUUCAAAGCUACGGAAAUUGAAAUGCUCGACGUUCUCCAGUGCAAUCUCGCCUUUGGCCUCUCAAUUGAGCAUCUUAGAAGAUAUUCGACGGUCCUUACGGAUGAGAUUGAUGGAAUUCAUCACUCUCUCGGAAAGUAUUUUACCGAGCUUUCUUUGAUGGACUACGACUUGUGCACAUUCAAGCCCUCGAUCAUUGGCGCUGGAUCGAUGAAACUCGCUCUGGAAAUUCAUGGGAACAAAGAGUGGGAUUGCAGGCUCGUUCACUUCAGUGGCUACAAGGCAGAGGACCUUGAAUUUUUCAUAAACAUGCUCUGCAAAACGAUCUACAUGGUUCACUUCACAAAGUCAAAGUACCAAGCCAGCAGGAAGAAAUACUCCAGCGAAAAGCUCUACGCCGCGGCAACAUAUCACAAGUUCGAGGAAAUGAAAGAAGAAAUCUACCGACGCGCAAAACUAGCGAAGGAGCAAAUGGACAAGCGCUGA